AUGAGGCGCCACGUCGUGCUGCCGCUGCUAUUGCUGUGCACGGCCAGCUCGGCGGUCAUCGAGACAAUCGGCACCAGCAUCGCGGUGGGCAUGGCGGCCGCUUUGACAGGAUUUUUAGCCAGCUACCAAAACAUCUUCUACUAUUUCCACGAAUGCUGCCGCCCCGAAUGGAUUAACUUCAACAGAACAGGUUUGGAGGAGGACCUGCGAAACAAGUUGUUUGGGCAGCACUUGGCGUCACAUAUAAUCAGCAAGGCGGUGAGUGGCUUCAUGAACAACGACAACCCAAAAAAGCCUCUGGUUCUGUCGCUACACGGCUGGACCGGCACGGGCAAGAACUUUGCUAGCGCGCUCAUUGCCGAGAACAUCUACAAAGAAGGCAUGGACAGCCAAUUUGUGCACGUCUUCACUGCCGAACUUCACUUUCCACACGUCGGACAGAUGGACACUUACAAGACUCAACUGCAACAGUGGAUUAAAGGCAACGUGAGCAGCUGCGCUCACUCCAUGUUCAUCUUCGAUGAGAUGGACAAGAUGCACCCGGGCCUGAUUGACAGCAUCAAGCCUUACCUGGACUACUACGAAAAGAUUGACGGCGUCUCCUAUCGCAAAGCCAUCUUUAUUUUUCUCAGCAACGCCGGCGGCGAAAGCAUCGUGGAGACGGCGUUGGAUUUCUGGAAAGCGGGCAAAAGUCGAGAGGAGAUCGAGCUGAAGGACUUAGAGACGCCGCUCGCUUUGUCGGUCUUCAACAACAAGAGAAGUGGCCUGUGGCACACCAGCCUGAUCGACAAGAACCUGGUGGACUUCUUCGUACCUUUCCUGCCGCUGGAGUACAAACACGUGUUGCAGUGCGCCUUGGCCGCCAUGCAAGCUCAGGGCGCCAAGCCAGAUGCGGGCGUGGCCGACAAGGUGGCGCAGGACAUGCUCUACUUCCCCAAAGCUGAGCGAGUCUUCUCCGUCAAGGGCUGCAAGACUAUCGAAAGCAAGUGGGAGUACUACACAUAG